AUGUCAUCGUACUUCAUGUGCUGGCACAUCCUCCCAAAGAUCUUGUCCGCGCUGGCCCGCCCCACCGAAGCUCUGUCAGUCUCGGGAACCUGGGUAGUCCUCGGCCUGCGUACGGCGUCAAUCUUCCAAAGGACGGCUGGGCACAUCCUCAGAUCGGACGUCCGGCUGCGCGAGGAGUCUGAGGGCCUCUGCAUCUUCGACAGCCAUGUCGGCACCCUAUCUAGUGCUGGGUGCCAUUGUGUGCACCGUGUCGCUGGUGAGGAUUGCGCGUUCCAAGCCCCAGGUUCGAUGCGGACUUAUAUACUACAUUGCCCAGGUCUUCAGUUGCUUGGCAACGCUGCAGAAAGACCAUGCCAGUGCCAUGCCAGUUGUCCGCAGAGACGUCUCCGUGCGUGCCUCUAUAGUUGA